AUGACUUUUCCAAAGUUCAAUCCACUCAAUGUGUACACACCGAGGUUUGAUAUAGGGAUGAUAUUUGCAACAAGGGACGAGGUUAAGAGAGCAAUACAAUCUCAUGCAACUUCAGAAAGAAGAAGUGUGGCUUUUACAAAGAUUGACAAGCGCCGGUUGUAUGCGAGGUGCAAAGAACCAAAUUGUGAGUGGAAAAUCAACGCAGUGAAGGUGAAGAAUGACACUGCUUUCCAAGUAAGUCUAUUGCAUCCUAAGCAUUCGCAGUCAUGUCUUCCUUCUUUUAAUGUUGCGAAUGUUAAGACUUCUUGGUUAAGUGAAAAGUUUGCUCAUAAAUUUAAAUGUGAUCCGAAACGCGAGGUACGAGGUUUCAGGAAGGAGAUAAUGAGAGAGCUAAACGUGAGUGUGUCAAAAGAUCAGACCUAUAGGGCAAAGAGGCGUGCUUUGGAACAGAUAAGUGGAGAUCCUAUUUACCAAUACAGUCUUUGGGAUUACACAUAUGAGUUAAGAAAGAAUAAUCCAGGGACCACAGUUGUGUUAGGUGUUGAGAUUAAUGAUGCAGAAUCUGUUUUUGACCGUAUUUAUGUGUGUUAUGGAGCUUUAAAAGAAGGAUUUAGUGUUGGUUGCAGACCCAUAAUUGGUGUGGAUGGAUGCCACUUGAAAGGUAUUUACACUGGUGUAUUACUUACCGCCGUUGGAAUUGAUCCGAAUAAUAACCUGUUCCCAAUUGCCUUUUCAGUGGUUAGUAGAGAGAAUGGUGAAACAUGGAGAUGGUUCUUGAUUUUGUUGAAGAAAGAUUUAAGGAUCGGGGGUGACAAACAAGUUACAUUCAUGUCUGAUAAGCAAAAAGGGCUGAUACAAGCCUUCGAUGUUGUAUUCCCAGAAUGUGAUCACAGAUUUUGUGUUAGAUACAUGCAUAACAACUUUGUUAAUGCCGGGUUUAGAAGAACUGCACUGAAAAAUAUAGUUUGGCAUGUUGUUUUGGCUUCUACGCUGGGGGAAUUUCGUCGUCGAAUGGAUGAGUUGAAAGAUCUUGACAGUGAGGCACACAAAUGGUUCGAUGAUAAGCCCGUAGCGCAGUGGAGUCGGAGUCACUUCAAAGUUUAUCCAAAGUGUGACAUGUUGUUAAACAAUGUGUGUGAAAGCUUUAAUAGUGCGAUCCUAGAUGCACGAGAGCAACUGAUUUUGUUGAUGUUGGAGUCAAUAAGACAAUAUCUCAUGAAAAAGUUGCAAGCGAACAGAGAUAUGGCUACGUGUAAAUGGAAAAACUUGCGGUUCUGUCCAAAGGCAUUGAAGCUGCUGGAGAGAAAUGUUCGGAGGGUAUCUAACUGCAUUCCUAUUAAGUCUGAUAAUACGCAUUAUGAGAUUUCUUGCUUCGAUGGGAGCCAAUAUACUAUUAAUCUUCGGGAAAAAACUUGCACAUGCAAACAAUGGCAGCUAAAUGGAAUUCCUUGCAAACAUGUCAUCUCUGCUAUCUCUAACCAACGAGAAGAAAUUCAAGACUACAUCGAUGAGUAUUACUCCGUGGAGACAUACAUUAAGGUAUAUGCUCCUGCCAUAAUGGCUGUCACCAGUGACAUGUUUUGGGAGGUAAUAGAGGAUGUGGAAACUCUGGACACAAUGUUAGAAAAUGUCCACCAGUCAGUUGAAAACCGUCGGGUUGAGGAAUCAUCACCACCGGUGUAA